AACGCCUUGCAAUCUUCACCCAGCAUAAAUCACGUGUUUUCAACAAUAUUGAGAGGACUUCUCAUAAGAAGUUGGCAAGAUGGCAACGAAACCGAUAGUUGCGAUGCUCAUGUUGUUUCUCCUGUGUUACACCUUGGAAGUCUCAGCACAGUGCAUCGAAUACUCUGUUUUGGGGAGUGGAGAAAGCAUGUAUGAUUCAUGCAUCUGUGAUAUUCAAGUGGGAUCUGUUCCAGGAUGUUCCAACCCUCCAAGCCCAGCUGAACUUAACCAGAUAGAAUAUAUACAGGCUCAGGUCACGAACAUCAGCAGUCGCAUCGAUGAAGUAAAGGUGAAUGUCGAGACGACCACGGUCGAGAUCGAGAAGACACAAGCCAACAUCGAUGCCAUGACAUACAAGCUGGAGCGCAUCGAGAAUGGUGAUCUUAAGGUCAACCGACCAGAGUUUGAACUGAUCAUGGAAGAGAUUGAUAAACUGGAACUGGUCCUGAAAUUGUUAGAGGUGGAGAGAACCAACAAUCUGGAUGAUGUCGCCCAGUUGGAAACAGAGCUCACAGCCGUGCAGACAUUACUGUACGACCUGAAGAAGACCCAGAAUGUUGAGAUUCUGCUAGAACAGAUCGAGGAACUGGAGGAGGACCUGGCACAAUGCGAGGCGAACGUGCAGCCGACCCCACUACCUGGCUCAGGAGACGACUUCUUGUUUGUGCCGUGGGAGGACGUUGCUAAUCAAGAUUCCUGCGCUCCCAUAUCUUCUCUUUCAUCUUCCUACACGGUGCGCACUUCAACCUACCCGAAUGGGGCUUGGAUGCGAGACCCACUGGUCGAAUCUGACAAAAUCUGGCACUUCAAAUAUUAUAGUUCAUGUCAAUCUAGCUCCACCUACAGAUAUAUUGAACGAUAUAUCCUGUAUGAGAGCUACGAGAGAGAAGCAUCCUCGGAGGCACAGACUUUCAGUCUAACAACUGGCUAUGCCCCAGAUGGACCAGGUCUUGUAGCAUACAACGGGUCUAUCUACUUCACCUACUACAACUCCAGGACAAUGUACCGCUAUGAUGUGGCCACAGGCACCACGGUCAUUACCAAGAGUCUUGACGCAGCUGGCUACGGUAAUAGUGCUACCUAUGAAUACAUGGGGCGUGACUGCAGUGCUAUUGACUUUGCUGUGGAUGAGAAUGGAUUGUGGGUGAUCUACGCAACAGCCAGCACGAGCAUGAAACUCUCCCGAUUGAAUCCUUGGACCCUUGACAUCGUACAGACAUGGAGUCUUAACUACGCCAAGAGCAGCUUCGGAAACUGCUUCGUCAUCUGCGCCAAGCUCUACUGCACUAACCACUACAGCGCUAAGGAUUCCAAGAUUUCCUUCAUGUUUGAUACCGUGACGGGCGUGGUGAGCUCACCAGACAUCAGUCUUGGGAUUCGCUAUGGAGGACUGUAUACCUUGGACUACAACCCACGGGACCAGAAGCUCUAUGGAUGGGAUAACGGAAAGAUGGUUCUCUACGAUAUCAAAUUUGGAAACUAGUUUCAACAUCCUGCACAUCCCUUCAAAGGUAGUCUGUCCCUUUUGCAGGCUGAAAAUAUAAAUUUAUGUAAAUCCUAUAGUAAAAAAGAGAUAAAUCAUAAUACCAACUAAAAACUCCUCUUAAAAGAUUAGAACUGGUAAUUUUAUCGACAGUUAGGAAUUUUCCAAACGCGUUGCAAAUAAUAGGCCUACAAGUUGUCUAGACCCUAUAGACUAUGUACAAUGUACAUAGUCGUACGUUUUGUGCUGAAUAAAAAAUUGAUAAUUUUAAUUUUGGUCAUUAUAAGAAGCGGGUCAUUGAUGUGUACAAAUGAUAAUGUACCCUUUACAGCUAAUUUUAUCUACAUGUACAUGUAUGUAAUACCAACAAAUUAAAAAAUUUCAGUCAGUCACUUAACAGUUUCUGACAGUGAAGUCUAGAGAGUAACGGUGUUCCUUGCAUAACUAGGAAACUGCUAACGUUUAAAUGUUACAAAUAGGACAUACAUGACGUACUCAUGAUUCCUGCAUAGUUCUACAGAAUUUGAUGUUGGCUGCAAAAGGGACACACUACAUUUAAGGAACUGCAUUGUUACUUAAUUGAUCUAUUGAUUCCUAGUGCAUUAUAAGUAAAAUUUACUUUUUUCUCUCUAAUUUUCAAGGCAAAUUCUUCCCUUCAACAUUGAUCUUUUCAAUUUGUUUUAAUAACUUACAUAAUUCAACCAGACUGAUAUAUGUGAUGUACUCUGUAAAAAUGAGUGAGCCAAUUAGUGAGCCAACAAGAAACAGUGGUAUGUAACUUCCACCAGCUCAGCACACGCUCACCAAAGAAUUCCAUUCUUUCAUACAAUACCUCCACAUUACCUUUCUGUUCCUGGUGAUGCCACAGCAUGUCUGACAUAGCAACUUUUAUGUUGUAUAGACCAUAAACAGGUGGUCAGCUCUAAUAGCUACAUAAUACAUACCACUGUCUCUUGUUAUCAGAUGUCACAAGAUAAAUGGGAUCUGGAGCUUUUUUUUAGGGUAGAGCUUAGCAGGUCUGAGAAUU